CUGCUAGAACCUCAUUUAUUACAUAAUACAUGCACUUCAUAGUAUGGAGUAAUUACUAAUAUAGUAACGACCUACAUGACUCUGACUAGUGAGUGCUGCUUCUUCAGACAGCAGGUCCACAGUGUGUGUGUGUAUGUGUGUGUGUGUGCGUGCGUGCGUGCGUGCGUGCGUGCGUGCGUGCGUGCGUGCGUGCGUGCGUGCGUGCGUGCGUGCGUGUAUUGGCACUGACUGGUCAGUCAAACAAAAUGAUCUGCCAAAACCCAUGAGCCAGCUCAGUGGCCUCUGUUUAGAUCUCAUUUCAUAAAAGACUGAUGGUUGAACUUCCGUUGAAUACCUUAAAAGCUCGAGCUUGUUCGAGCCUGGGGCUCUACAUUUCUACUCUCUGCCAAUUUAUUUCUGUUAGACAGUUAAUGACUAAAGGAGAAAGCCCAGGAAUUCGGUUCCACUCUAGUUUCUUCCGUAACUGUGAUGUGUCAUGUUGUGACUGAGGCCAGUUGUGUAACACGUUAUCUGGCAGGAAAUGAGCUCGGAGACAGUGAUGCUGACCCCCUGCUUGUACAAUGUACUCAAGUUACAUAAGUUUUGUGCCAUUACUAUAAAAUACUAGUUCAUUGUACAAAUUUCGAGUACAAUCUACUUAAAACUGAGAAGCAGUUUAAAACUUGGGCAACUUUAAGUUAAAUGUACUUAAAAAUCUAAGUUUUGGUGGUGAUCACAUGUUUGUAUCUCCAUGGAGACAGGAUUUAAAGCCUUGUGAUUAUUAACAUUAUUUACACGAUGUCACUCUGCCGCCUUACUGACUGCUUUCUGACUUUAGCUGUUUCCGUUUUAAUAGUUCUUCAUCUCAUUAGAGACUGUGGUGGAAAUUUUGCAAUAAAGGCAGAUGAGAGAGAGUUGUCCUUUUGUGCGAUUUAUUGAAAUAAUAAAGAAAAUAAAAAUAAUGAGGAAAGCAAAUAAAAAAACAGCUGGGGAGAUCAGAACAUACACCACGGAGGUAUAAUGCAAAGAUCACCCCGUUCUGAGGUUGUCUCUGCCUUUUAACCUCUCUCCCGGGACCUGGUGGAAUCUUCCUAUCACACUGUGGGUGAAGAUGUUUACAUUACACAGGGAAUACACAAGGUCUACAGCCUUGGGUCUGGUGGGGCAUCAGAUAGAAAGGAGCCAGAGACCAGGGGUAAAAGGCAGACACAAGCCAUAAACAAUCGGUCAGUCAAACACAACAUUAGAUGUCAGCACUUAAUGUGCGACAGAACCUUGAGAGGAAGAUAGAUUGUUUGUCUAAUAAUGUUCAGUUCUGGGUCUAAUCAACAAGUACAGAAUGCAUGGUUAUUGUACAGAGUCAGAAAUGAACACAAGAGCAUUAAAGUACAAUUUUUCCAUUACAAUUCCCCCCUUUUGAUUACACAUUAAUCAAAAAUUAAAAAAUAAAAAUUGUCAAUCGUGGUAUUCAUCCUGUAGUAAUAAAGCAUUCAUUAAAAAUGAUUCGUUAAAUGUAUUGCUUAUAAAGAUGUAAAUGGCGUAGGGAUAAAAGAUUGUGAGCUGUUUUUGUGGGUAGUUAUACUAGAAUAACCCUUGUGUAUGAGCUUUGGAAAGACAGGGACAUAAGCCUAUAAUUGAUUCCAAUCAGUUCAUGUUCAAUCAUCCUGAAUAAAGGUACAGCAUGUUUUACCAAACCUGACACAAACACUUCCCAUCUUUGUUAAUAACAUCUAAGGCCAUUCUAUUCUGCCAUGUUGUCUUCGCUAUGUGGGGCAAUUGUUCCGUCAUGGUCAUCAGGUCUCUAAUGGCACAAACUAAGCAUGAUCGAUUUGUGGGUGACUCCGGUGUGCGGUGGAUAAGAGUGUCUUCGGUUGAUGCGAAUGUCAGAGUGACCACGCAUAUUGCUGUCAUCGUCGAUAUGACAAUCAUUUUUAUCUUGUUUCGUCUGGUGGAUGUCAUUUUGCGUCAGUGGAAGAUAAAAAUUUGUGUGAAAGUGUGAAUCAAGUAGAAAACAACUCUAGAUAUGCUUAUCGUAAAAUGUUUUCGUUCAAAAAUAGUGGAUAAAAUCACAGAGAGGCAUACAUGUAAAUCAACCACACAAUUUAGAGCAAAUAUUAAAGUAACAUACAAUAAGGAUCAAAGCAACAGGGUCACAAUCAAUGUCUUCUUCUUCCUGUUGAAUAGUAGCGUUAGAUUGUUUCUAACCUGUUUGUUGACACCUUGACAGUUCGUUGGGGUUCUUCAGGUUGUGAUCAGCUGAUCACAGAGACACUUGGGGUUCGUUAUCACCGCCAGGUUUCCUCCCAAUGUCGUCUGAGUCACUGUCACUCCCCGUGAUGUGAAGAGUCUACACGUCGUCCAGCGUCGGCAACUCAAGGCUGCUCGUGUGUGUGUUUUCUCAGGAACGUGUGUGUAGAUGUAUGGUCAGACAGAUUUCGGCGUGAUGACCACUGGGUCACAUCCUUUGAUCAAACCUACAUCAUAGUUGUGUGUGGCCCACAGGGAAGCUGGAACUUCCUGUAAGGCUGGAUACUGCGUCAGAGCGUCCUCCGACAAAAACACGUGGUGUGGAGUGUGUGUGGAAUGUUGUGGUACCAAGUGCACUGUACGCUGCGCAUGAAAGUUAGACUGAAAAAGUUUUUUGUAAGCAUGCAAAGUAGGUGAAUACAUCACAUUCGGGUCGGAAGUCGUUUGCCAGUCUCCUUCCCGUUGACAUCUGUCCACGAAAGGACCCAAGUCCUGCCAUCUGUCCCCGUCAUGUUUUGACAGAAGGACAUGUGGAUCUGUAGAAUAAGCAUCAACAAAUCUCUCUUGUUCGUUAGUGAGAGAAAUCGCAAGCGCAGACCUAUGUUCAUCCCAAAAAAGAGAGGUUGAGGUCAGUUCGUCCGCAGAUGUGCGUAACCAUGAUUUUUCAAAGUUCUCAUCAGGACCAGUGGACACAUGUGCUAUACAAGACAGGUCAGAUGCGUCUCUAAAGGUCGUAUUCUGUGAGGAAACAAGCUGUUGAGCAGCCUGUAUGAGGGCCUCAGUUAUGGCCUCUCCCUUCAGCAGCCACUGAUAAGAGUAGAGCAGCGGCUCUGAGCUGAAAUUAACACAAACAAAAGAAAAAUUAUUUACAUUGUCCGUGGUUGUGACCUGCACUCCCUCUGGAGUGGAAAUCAGUGAAAUUCCUAAACUACACAUGAGAUCUCUUCCUAAUAGAUUAACUGGGCAUAAGUUUGAAGGCAAAAAUUAAUGUUUGAGUGUCUUGCCGUCUGAUGUUGUGCAAGACAGAGGAACAGUAAGUUUUUCUUUUAUUGUCUGGUACGUACAGUAAUUAUUAUUACUUCUCUCUAAUAGUCGUGUUCCCUUUUAAUAGUCAUUGAUAGUCUGUUUUGUUUUUCUAUAGUCUGGCCAGACAAACCUAUAUUGUGCACAAAUUUUAUUACUGAAUUUGUUGCAAGUUAAAAUAGUUUAAACCCAUCAGACUGUAAAGUCAUGCAGCAGUUGUCAUUUAGCUGUUUGUUAUUCUUUUCAAAAUCACUCUGUGGGAUUUUUCUUUGAGCAAAAAGCGAUUCUUCAUUGCGAGCAGAUAAGCAUGAACAUGAAUUUGAGCGUGUAUCAGCUGUAAGCGUGUUUCUUCAUUGCGUGUAUGAAUGUGUGUGUGUAUGUUUGCGGUACCGUCUUGUACGUCACGUGAAAAGGAACCGUCACCUUCCUCCUUCCCCAACCAUCAGUCUGAUGUGAGCGCCAGUGGGUGAAGCCUUUUGAUGGGACAGUUGUUCCUCGAUGACAGACCUUUCCUGGAUCCUCAGAUGCAGCUCUUUUGGGCCGAUCACGUCUGAAGCCUCUCCUGUUGUUUGAACCAGUGUCUGUGUCAGAGCACGUCUUCUCUGCUGUUGCUCUGUCCUUGUUUUCCUUUGCAGAUUGUCAUAAGCAGGUGUCUGUGUCAGACACACACGCUUGUAGUAGCUGGUUCAUCUGAUGAGCCCAGAACGUGAUGGCUGCAGACGUUGUGGGAGUCUGUGAGGCGUCCAUGCUGUGGUCGGUGUCCUCCAGCUGCUGUGGUGUCAGAGCUUCCACCCUGUUCUGGUUGUUGGUUGGCGCUUCUUCUCCUUCGGUUCUUCUGCUGAUGGUGGGAAAGGAGUCCAGAUCCGGAUUUACCCUCAUCGCGCUCAGCUCUGCAAAGGGAUACAAAGCAGAAACAGUGGGAGUGCUUUGUUUCUCAUCAUGUUGUGUGUGUGUAUGUGUGUAUGGUGGCGGUGUGCAAGCUUCCACAGAGUUGUUAUCUUUUCUGCCAGCUACGUCACCACUCUCGUCCUUUCUCCCUCCUAGUUCUUUUUGGCAUUUCAAUCUUUCCCUGCGCUCUGAUUCUUUAACCCAAAUUUCAAGGCAUCUUUUGUUUAAUUCAAUUUCCUUUAAGGUUUUAACUUUGAUCGUUCUACUUUUACAGAGCUGUUUCUCCUUUUCUUCUAAUUUUUCUUUUAAAGCGCGUAUGUCCUUCACACUGAGUGAUCCACCUUCUUGAAACCCAUAAAGUUUUGUCCAGUCGUGAAGACAUGACACGCACUCAUCACCAUAUUUACGUCUCAUUAAUUUUGUAAUGCUGCAGUCUGGUGGUGGAGACUUAGAUCGCCCCGAACCCAUCUUUCAGAGUCCCGGCGGUUUUCUGCCUUAGACUUUUAUGUGUUCCGGCCGGAACCUUUUUUCGAAAUUUCUCUUCCACGGACGUCUCCGUAGAAAGGGAACCGCUCAGAUCAGCGACAGGGUUCUCGGAAGUGGUCCCUCACCGUCAGGCCCCUCUAUGACCCGGGUCCCUCGUAUCUCAAAACCACUUCCCCCUGCAAACGCGCUCCGUCUUACAGAAGCCGUCUUUUAUUUCUUGUCCACUCCCUUUGGACUGCGCUCAGAUCUGCACACUGGUCUGUAUCCUCAGUACAGACAAAAAGCUCGGUCCCACGAGCCAACCCUUAGCAACCACCGUCUCGGCCACCAGGGCAGACUUUGACCUAAUUAAUUUUACCCGAAUAUUAAAUUUUUUAAUUUAAAAAAAAUUGUUUGGUCCUAAUUAUUAUAUUUUAGAUGUUUUCAGCCACCUAGUCGUUUUAGAAAUAUUAUUACCUCUUUUCCUAGUUAUAUUUUCUUUUUGUCGUUGUUUGUUUUAGUCUAGUUGCGGAUGUUUUAGAAUUAAUUGUUAUUUGCUUUACUUUCCCUAAACCAAAUGAUCAGAGCCAAGUAAACCCGAAUACCUGAAACCAAUUUCAAACCCGUUUUCUUUUUUUUUUUUUCCUUAACAAGUCGCAACAAAACGGAAUCUCUCUCACCGGGCCGAGCAGAGGUUGGAUUUUGAGUUCGUUGGAUCUCGUCAGAGGCGAUCCAGACGGGUGAGCAGUCCUCCCACUCAGAACAGCUGUAGAGGUUUGGAGGCUGAGCGAACCUAGUCCUCAGGACCGCCGUCCCUGAUCACGCCGUCCAGACGACCUGCCGCGGGAUCCUGUUCGUAGACGCCAAUUUCUGUGGUGGAAAUUUUGCAAUAAAGGCAGAUGAGAGAGAGUUGUCCUUUUGUGCGAUUUAUUGAAAUAAUAAAGAAAAUAAAAAUAAUGAGGAAAGCAAAUAAAAAAACAGCUGGGGAGAUCAGAACAUACACCACGGAGGUAUAAUGCAAAGAUCACCCCGUUCUGAGGUUGUCUCUGCCUUUUAACCUCUCUCCCGGGACCUGGUGGAAUCUUCCUAUCACACUGUGGGUGAAGAUGUUUACAUUACACAGGGAAUACACAAGGUCUACAGCCUUGGGUCUGGUGGGGCAUCAGAUAGAAAGGAGCCAGAGACACAUGCGAACAUUACUGUAACUCGCACUAAAAACACUGAACUGUCUGGGAAAACAACGGACAAAACACCACAGACAGAUUUACUGUUACUGUUUUUGUUUUAGAGAGUAAUAAAGUGUAUGUAUUAUGAUGUUGUACUGUUUUGCCAGUGACGGUAAUAGGCUGUUGCUAUUUAACACUUAUCUGUGCUUCCCUAAACUAUUCUGCCUGUAGUAGCUGUUGAUAUGAAGUCAAUGGAUAGUUGAUACAAUAAAUGUUUUUAAGUUAAAUCAAUUUGUCAAUUAGUGAACUGAACCUAAAGUUUUAAGUGAAGUAGACUAGCAGAUAAGUUGCUACUAUUAAAGAAUAUUGCAUUGAGUGGAUUGAAUUCAACAUAAACAUUUCAACAUAUUUUUUUUAAGUUGAGUUUACUCAUCUUUUUAUCAAACAGUUUAUCCCAUCAUUUCCCAUCAUUUAAAAGCCAUCCAAACAGCAGGCAGUCAGACUUCCCAUGAUUCUGAUAAACAAUGAGAUUUAUGACAAACAAAAAACAGAAAUAGGAUUAUCACAGCUUCUUCAGAUAUUAAUUAAAAAUGAAAGAAAAAGGUAUUGUAUGAAUCUGUCACUGUGGGUCUGCAUACAGUUUGUCUCAGAUCUCUGUCUGUGAUACAUUUCCAGAUGAGAAGCAGCGACUAAAUGAACUGGGAUCUCAUUUCCUCUAUUCAUCAUAUAUGAAAGAUGAACUAUAACACUGGAUCGUCCCGGUACUGUAGGUAAGCAAACACAGCUGCCUAUGGAGAUAAGGUGAAGGUUCGUCCCUGAUGUGAGGACGCUGCAGAGAAUUGCUGCUGAUUCAGCCAUAAUCGCCUCUGACUUUGACUUUUAACCAUUGUUUGUAUCCCUCCAAACCAACAGGGUUUGUUUGAUAAGUGCCGUCAGUUUUAUAAACAAUGAUAUUAAAAUAGCAGACCACCCUCACAAAGCUUUCCAGUCAAGCUUCUUGUCCUGCUUUACUGGGCUUUUUAGCACAUGUUUCAGGAAAUGUUAUUAUUGUAAUGAGUCACAAGACACCAAACAGAAGCAGUGAAUGAGGUUGUGUGGAGUCCAGCAGGCCUACACUCAACCAUAGUCAUCAGGGUGGCUUCCUCUACGCAACUAGAGAUUUUAGAUACAUCAAAGAUUAUUGCUACAUCAAACAAUGAUCGUGUGGCUGUAGAGUAAGUCGUUGUGAUGGCAACGAUGGUGCAGAAAACCCAGCAUUUUAUUCAUUAUUAUUAUAUGUUACAUAGUGUGGUUGCUCUUCAGGUCAGUUGUCUUUGACCAGCUUUUGGUUAUGUUUCUUGCUUACUUGUACACUACUUUAUUUUUGUUGCCCCCUUUUAUGGGCCCAGUUUGAAGUUUGUGUUCUUUUGUGAUUUGUUUUAUUUUUCUAAUAAAAUACAUUCCAUUAUUCAUUAUUUUUGAAACAAUCUGCUUCUUUCACUUGGACUCAGCCAGAUUUGAUUUCUCUGAGGACAGGUUUAUAGUUAGUUCCAUGUACUCAAGUGUCAGUUUGCAUCUGUUCGUUUGUAGAGCAUACAGGCGGCCAUAUGCCUACCUCGGUUAUUCUACAGAGGUUCACAAAAGCCUAGUUUGGAGACUUGUUGAUUGUUAUUCUAUGAACAUGCAGACGUUAAGUAUAAAGGUUGGGAUAGAAUCAAAGUAAUAUAUAUAUAUAUAUAAAACCCACUAAAAGGUCCUGGCCACACCUCAGUGGAUCCUGGGAAUCCCUCCAGUCCCAGUGUAACACACACUGGUGCAAACCUAAUUAAGCCAUUCAUCUCUGGUGACAGGCUGAGGUGAAGCUUGCAGUCUGCCAUGAAUGCUAACACAUGUCCUGAUUCAUGAAAUAAAGAGAAGGAGGUGGUUAAAGGGAGAGGAUGACAGAGCAGUUGCAAGGCAACUGGCUGCAUCCAAGUGAUCCAAGUGAGGCGUAUGUGUUGUUACUUAAUGAGUGGUUAUCACACAUCCAGUUCAGUUUUACUCCCAACAAGCAUCCCCUCACAGAAGAACCAAAGUCAGUAGGUUAGGGAGCUAAAGGUCAUGUCCUCCUGAAGCAGCUCAUAUUCACAGUCUGAUGGGAUCCAACUCUGACAAACCUGAUAAUACCAGACGUUUUCAUGAGUGGAAUUCCCGUUGAUAUCGAUUCACAUGGAAACUGCAUCUGUCAAGAGUAGAGUCAUUGUGGUAUUGCAACACAGCUGAGUAGAUGAAAGAGAUGUUGAGAGCCUGCUGGAACUGGAAAUCCCUUCUGCUAAAAGAUAAGAUGGUGAAGGAUCAGGCAUAUAUUGUGUGUUUGUACAAGUUUGUAUUUCCAUCAAAAGCAAAUCUGAGAUGAACGACCACCAUGCAGAAGUCUCCAUGAAUAUUUGGAAUACCAUGUCCCUUUAAAUAAAUAAGUAAUAAAAAGUAAAAACAUCUGGCUCCACUGAGAAUGAAAGAAGUGAUGAGGAUUGUUGAUAUCAGGCUCCACUGUGCCUGAUUCAAGGUUAGAGGAAGAAAUGGCCGUCUGGGUGACGUGAGAUGGAGGGUUAAAGCCCUGAACUCCUGGCUGAGAGACAUGACUUGUGUCCCGGACAGAAUCUAUUUUUUCAUGUUUUUUCUAAUUCGAAAGUCUUCAGUCACACUCAUACAACUGCACACGUCUGGCAGUGUACCAGUACAACUGUGUUUGCGAUCCCGAUCCAGGUUGUCUGAUGGAACACUUUGAAGCUGCCAAUAAAGAGACUAGAACUACUGUAAAGUGGAACUAAACCCUAACAGAGUGUCAGCAAUCGCUGAGUCAUGGUUGACUAUGAGCACAUACUGUAUGAGCGGAGCCGUAAAUACCAUUUAGUUGAGCCAGAGCCCCACACGGUAGCCGGAGGCAGCAGCCAGAUGGAAGCUGUGAGUGUCUGGGUCUGCACAUAUAAAAGCCACCAGUCUCUGGGCUCUCCUCACUGGAGGCUAGAUCGCUAUGACGAUAAGAAGCUGGAUGUGAACAUGGAACAUCUGGAUGGAAAGAGCAGAGCGUCGGAGAUAAGAGAGCACCACAGUAUGAAACAUUAAGCUGCUGCUGCUUCCAGUGGUCAUGAAUGCGUCACUCCUGCUCCCUGUGGACAUAGAGCCGGAUCUCUGCGGGAACUACACCGAGGCCUGGCUGUGGCUGUCGGCCCUGCAGCCAUCCUCCCUGGGGCUGAUCAGCGUCCUGGGCUCGCUGGGCAACGCCCUGGUCCUCUGCGUCUUCUGCCUGCACAGGAAGCCCUGCACCGUGGCCGACGUCUACCUGGGGAACCUGGCGGCGGCCGACCUGGUCAUGAUGGCCUGCCUUCCUUUCUGGGCUGUCACCAUCGCUCACAACUACCGGUGGGACUUUGGGGAGGUCCUGUGCAAGCUGGUGAAUGUUGCUAUUUCCAUGAACUACGUCUGCAGCGUUCUGUUCCUCACCCUCGUCAGCGUGGACCGCUACCUGGCUCUGGUGAAACCCAUGAGCUCCAGCCGCCUGCGGAGGGCGGCGUGGGCCAAGCGCAUCUGCCUGGGCGUCUGGAGCCUGGGCUUCCUCUUCAGUCUGCCCAUCCUGUUCUUCCGUACGGUGACAUAUGUAACAGACCCGGGUGUGCUGGCCUGUAUUCUUGCCUACCCGCACCCACGAUGGCAGCUGCAACACAACAUCACCAGGAACAUGUGCUUCGUCCUCCCCGCGCUGGUAGUGACGUAUUGCAGCCGUCACAUUAUCGCUGCGCUGAACCAGCGUCGGGCCAAAGGCCUCCCUGUGGUGAGGGGCGAGAGGAAAGCCAGCUACCUGGUCCUGGCCGUGCUGGUCGUCUUCCUCUUCUGCUGGACUCCGCACCAGGUCAUGCGCUUUCUUGACACUCUGGACUACUUCCAGGUCACGCCUGGAUGCCUGUGGGGCCACAUCCUGGACAUCGGCAUCCAGCUGUCCACGUAUCUGACGUACAGCAACAGUGCUAUUAACCCCUUCCUGUUUGUCCUUGUAGGGAAGCAUUUCAGGAAAAGAGCUAAGGAGGUGUUCAGUUUGAACCUCUGGUCAAAAGACACAAACUACCUGAGCGUGAGCUGCACCUCUGUGAACAGACUGAACGAGCGUGUGCGACUUGACCAAAUAUAUGUUAACACUGUUUGCCAUGGCCAGUUGCUCUAGUUACAAAACUAGAAAAAGGUCUGCAGCAUUAUCUGCUUCAAUUGUUUACUAUCCACCUCAGAACACUGGCUUUUUACAGUGUAAGUCCAGGUGAACCACUGCUAAACCUCUCAGCAAUGUUAUUGUUCAAGUGGUGCCAUGUUUGAGCAACGGCAACAGUUGAGCAACAGUGAAGAUACUGUGGUUAAUGGAUCUAUGAAAGAGCUGCUGCUUUCAUCAAGAAACCAGAGCAAAAGGACAAAAGUCACAGAGAAAGUAACGAGUUGUUGAUGCUCUGGGGUUUGAGGCAUCAGGGUAAUUAUUAGCCCACCAUGGUUUGCAUUGAUCUGGACUGUUCCAGCUGUUUCCUGUUUGGUUGUAAUUACUGGAAGCCACAUGUCCUGAUAACCACAGUGUCCAUUUGAGGCUGCUUGUGUCCUUUGCUUUAACUUUCCCUAGUCUCUGCUUAGCAUUUGUCAUUAUGUUGUCAAGUUCUAAGAAAUAUCAUCAAUGAAAUAUAGAAAUAUGAUUUAACACUCAACUCUCAGGACAUAAGACAUAAGAAUUAGGGUGUAAUUGUAUGAAUGUUCUCCUGCUUUUGACCAAGUGCAUCAUCUGGAAACCAGAGGUAAUGGUGUUAUUUCAGACAAGAUGAUAGAUGUGGUCUAAUAAAAAUGCAGUCAUCUCA